UCCAGCAGCUUUAUAACAUGCACGACACUGAUCCCAGGGGGAGUUCCCCUGUUUUUCUUCAGCCUCAGAAUGGGAGUAGUCACAGGUCUUCCGGCUACGUUCCAGGAAGAAUUGUUCCUCUCCGUCCAGCACCACCUCCAAAGAGCCAAGCAUCAGCCAAAUUUACCUCUGCAAGACAAGAAGCCCAUGCAACGCUUGCAUCUUUACCGGAGGAGCAGCGCCAUCAAGCAGAAGCCAGCAGAAAGAAAAGACAUAAAAAUACUCUCAUAUGCUUUGCCAUUUCUAGCUUUUCAUUUUUUGUUGCACUGGGAAUUAUCUUGAAAAUAUCUUCAAAAUAUGCUCCCGAUGAGAAUUGUCCAGAUCAGAACCCUCGUCUCAGCAACUGGAACCCUGGCCAAGAUACUGAGAAGAGAGUUCUCAUAAAAAGUGGGGACUUGUUUCGUCUGAAUUCAGAUGCUACAGUACACUCUAUAAUUAUACAGGAUGGAGGUUUACUUGUCUUUGGUGAUGAUAAGGAUGGUUCCAGAAAUAUUACUUUGAGAACUCGUUUUAUCCUGAUAAAGGAUGGUGGAGCGCUUCAUAUUGGAGCAGAGAAGUGUCGCUAUAAAUCCAAAGCAACUAUCAUCUUGUAUGGCAAAUCAGAUGAAGGUGACGACAUGCCAAUAUUUGGCAAAAAAUUUAUUGGUGUCGGCCCUGAAGGGACACUGGAAUUGCAUGGGACUCAGAAGUUAUCAUGGACUCUUUUGUCAAAGACUGUAUACUCCUCAGGGCUGGCCUCUGGUCCUUAUGCAUUUGAAAGGAAAUUUUUACGAGGGCUAAAUGUGAGAGUGAUUGAUCAGGACACAGCACAAGUGUUGGCAGUGGAUAGAUUUGACACUCAUGAAUAUCAAAAUGAAAGCAAGAGAUUUCAGGACUUCUUAAAAGGCCAAGAUCCUGGUCGCAUCGUUGCUAUUGCUGUUGGAGAUUCGGCUGCUAAAAGUCUACUGGAAGAAACCAGAUUAACUAUCCAAAAUCUUCUUGGAAGUAAGCUUGUCAAAGGAUUAACUUACAGGCAAGCCUGGGCUUUAGUUGGUGUCAUAAAUAGUGGGAAUUCCUCCUGUAAUGAAUCUGUGAGAGAGUAUGAAAAUCACAGCACCGGAGGGAAGGCACUUGCUCAGAGAGAAUUUUUCACAUUUGAUGGUCAGAAGUUUUCUGUGAUGGCUUUUAGUGAAUGGAAUGAAGGUGUCCCCCUCUCAGGCUUCCAGGUAGAGGCUGUUGAUGGAGUGAUAUUGGAUCUGUUGGAGGAUGUUAGUAACUGGCAGCCUAAAGAUCGGAUUGUAAUUGCAAGCACAGACUACUCAAUGUACCAAGCAGAAGAAUUUACUCUCCUACCAUGUCCAGAGUGCAGCAGGUAUCAAGUCAAAGUGAAAGAAAAUCCUCAGUUCCUUCAUAUGGGAGACAUCAUUGAUGGAGUGGACAUGAGGGCAGAGGUUGGACUUCUUACAAGGAAUAUUGUGAUCAAGGGAGAGAUGGAAGAUUCUUGCUAUGAUGGAAAUAAGUGCCAGUUCUUCAAUUAUGAUACGUUUGGUGGCCAUAUCAAGAUUGUAAAGAAUUUCACAUCUCUUCAUCUCUCUUAUGUGGAAGUGAAACAAAUGGGCCAGCAAAUGAUUGGAAGGUAUCCUGUCCACUUCCACCUCUGUGGGGAUGUAGAUGAAAAAGGAGGUUAUACCUUCAAGACUUAUUUAGAAGGCCUCUCCAUUCAUCACUGCUUUUCCAGAUGUGUGACUGUUCAUGCAACUAAUGGCUUAUUGAUAAAGGACACCAUUGGCUAUGAUACACUAGGCCACUGUUUCUUUCUGGAGGAUGGUAUUGAACAGAGAAAUAUUCUGUUCCACAACCUUGGACUAGUAACCAAACCAGGCACUCUUCUUCCCACGGACAGGAAUAGCAGUAUGUGUACUGCCAUUAGGGACAAAGUAUAUGGAAAUUAUGUCCCAGUGCCAGCCACAGACUGCAUGGCCGUUUCAACCUUCUGGAUUGCUCAUCCCAACAAUCACCUUAUAAAUAAUGCAGCAGCUGGCUCACAGGAUGCUGGAAUAUGGUAUUUGUUCCACAAGAAUUCUACAGGAGAUUCUCAUGGAUUAUAUCUUGAAACCAAAGCAGAGCUAACACCACUGGGAAUCUUCUAUAACAACAGAGUUCACUCUAAUUUUAAGGGUGGAUUAAUGAUUGAUAAAGGUGUCAAAAUCACCAAUGCCAGUGCCGAGGAUCCAAGGGAAUACCUUUGUUUGGAUAACAACGCAAGGUUUCGACCUCAUCAAAACACAGACCCUGAGAAGCCGCGAGUUGCUGCUCUGAUUGACAGACUAAUCGCUUUUAAAAACAAUGAUCAUGGGGCUUGGGUCAGAGGAGGGGAUAUCCUCAUUCAGAACUCUGGGUUUUCUGACAAUGGAAUAGGUUUAACAUUUGCCAGUGAUGGAAGUUUUCCAAGUGACGAAGGUUCCAGCCAGGAAGUAUCAGAAUCUCUUUUUAUUGGCGAGAGCAAGAACUAUGGCAUCCAGGGUGGCCAAAACAAAUACUGGGGAACUGGAGGAACAGACAAUAAAAAUCGCACCCUGCCUAGAAAUCGGACAUUUCCAAUCAGAGGCUUUCAGAUUUAUGAUGGACCUGUUCAUCUUACCAAAUGCACAUUCACAAACUUUGUACCAACCCCUGAUAGAUUCACCAGUGCAAUUGGGUUCCUGAUGAAGAACUCCUGGCAGAUGACACCUAAGAACAACAUUUCUCUUGUGAAGUUUGGUUCAAAUGUUUCUUUGAAAGUCUUCUUCGGAAAACCUGGUCCUUGGUUUGAAGAUGGUGAGUUGGAUGGUGACAAGAACUCAAUAUUCCAUGAUUUAGAUGGUUCUGUGACUGAAUAUAAAGACACUUAUGUUGGCAGAAUGGAUAAUUACUUGAUCAGACAUCCAAAGUGCAUCAAUGUUACAAAAUGGAACGGAGUGAUCUGCAGUGGGACGUAUGCACAGGUGUACAUCCAGACAUGGAACCCACAGAAUCUUACUAUGACCAUUGUACGUGAUGAAUACCCAACCAGCCCCAUGGCACUUCGAGGCAUUAACCAGCGAGCUGCUUUUCAACAGUACCAGCCAGUAGUGAUGCUUCAGAAGGGCUAUACAAUACAUUGGAACGGACAGGCUCCACAAACCACUUUUCUUUACCUCAUUAACUUUAACAAGAAUGAAUGGAUCCGGGUUGGUCUUUGUUAUCCAUCAGGUACAACCUUUCAAGUCACGUUUGAUGUCUUCCAAAGGGCAUCUGGAUUCUAUAGUAUUGGAGAAUAUGCUGCUGUAUCUUCCAUAUCAGAACUGAAGAAGUAUCGAUCAGAGAAAAAGUUUUAUUUUGACAACAGCACAGGAUUGCUGUUCUUAUAUCUUCAAGCCAAAUAUAAUCGGGAGGGUCAUAGUUAUUGUUCAUCUCAGGGAUGUGAAAGAAUCAAGAUUCAAGCCACACUUUGGUCAAAAGAGAUCAGCAACUGCAUGACAAAAGCUUAUCCAAAGUACCACGAAGCACCAGCUGUUAUAAAGCCAAUGCCAGGCAAAAUUACUAUACCAUGCAAAAACUGUGGCACAAAUCAGAUGCCAUUCACCAGUGAUCCUCACAGAAACUACCUCUUUGUGCAGAUUCAGUCACUGAGUAAAGCAGAAUUAAGAAGUGGUCAUCAAUCCUUUAUCUCUGUCAAUGGAAAUAAGUAUUCUUUCAAUGAUGUUGGUGUAUUCACUGUAGUAGUUGAUGCCUGUGGUGGCACAGUGGCAGAAAAGAAGUUGUUUCCUCAAGCGGAUGUUAAACGUGUGGAGGAGUAUCUAAAAACUGGAAUACCACAAAGGUCAAUAAUUUUACUGAGCACAAGAGGGGAUAUAAGAAACCUUAAUGUUUCAGAAGCCUUAAUGUCCCUGGGGACAGCCAAACCAGCAUAUCUUCAAAAUAAGGGCAGCAUAGCAUUCUUGGGAUUCAGAGGAAACUUUAAGCCAUUCUGGACUAAGCUGUUUACCAGUCCUGCUGGACAGGGGCUAGAUCAGAUUGAAAAAUUUAUACCUAUACAACUGGAAGAAUAUGGCUGCACCAGAGGGAAUGUGAACCGACGGAAAGAUGUGGAACUGUUAAAGCAGGCUUCAAGAGCACAUUAGAGACUGAUGUACAUAAGUGCUGGAAAAAUGUGAACUAACUUAUUUUAAUUUAUGGCAUUUUAAACUAUCCCAUUAUCCCAAGUAAACAAUUUUAAACUUUUGAUACAGACUUAUGCCUACAUUGACCGCUUGAAUGCCAGUCUGUGCACCUUCUAGUUGUAUAAAAUAUUAAAGAAUUUAUAACUAUUUGUAUAAACAGGUUUUUUUGAGAGAUUUUCAGACAUUUGUAUUUGCUGUAAACAGUUUUAUUUUAUUUUAUACUUCUUUUGUAUUCUUGGGAGCUGUGGGUAUCCAUAAGGAUAAGUCGUUUGAUAGCAAAUAUUGGAGUGCACCUUGAAUUACUUGAAAGAUUUUUUUAACAUUAAAAUAUCUGUCUCAGAA